UACUAUUUUGUUAUGUUUACGCGUAUUUCUUAUUUUCCUGUCACAGUCUAGCAUCGGGCUGGAUACCAUUUGUGGAUAUUUGUCGAUGGGUGAUACUAAAAGGGUCUUAAUCGGUGUUACUGGGAGCGUUGCUGCUAUCAAAAUCCCUGAUAUUGUAGCUGAGUUGCGGAGUCUUGUUGUUAAGAAUGGUCAUGAUAUAGAGAUACGCAUUGUUGCGACGUCGAAGGCAUUAGAGUAUUUUGAUGCGAGUCUACGCUGCGAGGGUGUAGAAUUAUAUUCUGAUAAGGACAUAUUAUCGCCAUACACUCGAGGUGACCCUAUUCUUCACAUAGAGUUGAGACGUUGGAGUGAUAUUUUUGUGCUGUGUCCCUUGGAUUGCAACACCUUGGGUAAAUUAGCACAUGGUCUUUGCGACAAUUUGCUGACUGACGUUGCACGUUGUUGGGAUUUUAAUAAGCCGAUAUGGGUGUAUCCUUGUAUGAAUCCUUUAAUGUAUGAGCACCCAUUAACGGCAAAACAGCUUGAUACCUUAAGAUCAUUUGGUGUAAAAGUAAUUGAACCUAUCGUCAAGCUAGUUAUUUGUGGCGAAUACGGCCCUGGAGGGCUGCCACCUACAGACGAAAUAGCGGGAGAUAUUUACAAGACCUUGUUUCCUUAAA